AUGAAAUGGGCCGCAUUAAUAAUAGAUGCAGCAGUUAUUCAAGCGCCAUUCAUUCCGGCCAUGCGCUUUUGUUUAGCAUUCGAUGGUAGACUCGGAGGCGCAAAUGACGCGGCGCGCGGUAUUGUCGCGGCAUUAAUGAGCCCGCGCUACUCCCGACUUCCUCCGAGUUCCUCCCGGUUCCCAGUUCCCAGCGACGGCCGGCGGACAGCGGAAGAGGAAAAUUAA